UUUUAUGAUUUAUUUUCCUAGCGAUAGGUAAGUGCCGAUGUCGGCUCGUAAAAAAACGAUAAAAUAAAUUAAAUUCGGUUUGCGUCCAUAUUUAAAAAUUCUACAGGUAUGGCAAAAGCAAACAUGGUGUGGACUGCUUACAUAUUGGUGACCUGUUUUUUAAUUGCAAACGCUUACCGGUUGCCCGUGGAAGUAUACGAAAUAAGAAAGACUAGAGAUAGAGAUCCCAGGGUCGAUAUACAAUACUAUGACCCAGAUUUAGAGAGAGUCGGUAUACCUAUUAAACAAAAUAAGAGGAAUAUUGACGAGUUAGCAAACUAUAUUAUCGAGAGUUUGAAGCGUGUUCCACAAAAUUACGAAGACAACAGAAGUGUCGAAGAAGAUGGUGUGUUUGUAGACGAAACAAGAAGUUUGCCUGUUGUUAUAGUUCCUAAUGACAGAAUAGUUUAUCGCAAAAAACCCAGAGAGGACUACAGGGUCCUUCAUAAACUUUUACAUUCUGCUCUCCGAACAAAUGAUGCUGAAGACAGAACGGCAGCACCACGACAUCGUGGUACUUAUGAUAAAGACGACUACUAAAUAACAAUACUAACAAUAUUACGACUAGAAUGAAACUGUCUUAUGGUUCAUGCAUAAAACUGUAUUAAUGGACCAGUAUUUAGGAAAAUAGCUUAAUAAAAAUUCAGUAAUGAUAUCUGAUUUCUAUUCAAAAGUAUUUGUUAUUUAUUAGCAUAUACGUAUAUAUCAUUAAUGUACAUAUGUAUAUCAUACAUACUCAUAUAUUUUUUCAUUAUAAAAGUAUUGAAAGCAAAAUCUCUUCCAAGUCAAACUGUAAGCUGAUGUCUUAACAAGAAAUAAGCUCAGAACAUGUCACGACUUAUUCGACAAAAUUCAAUAUGAAACCAAUAGUCAGCGACACGAGCUCCGCACAAAGCCAGGUGACAAAUACCGGGAACAACAAUCCCGGGCAAUCCCGGUAUCGCUGUGGUGCUUAUUCAAUUAGAGGAAUUGUAUCCCGUAUUUACUUAAUGCUUAUAUAUACAAAUAAUAAAAUAUAUAUAUUUUUACGAAUUACGAAAAUAAUUUUAAAUUCUGUUCGUAUAAUAUUUUUUUUUAUAUAUAUUGUCAGUGUUGCCGACUAUUAUGUAUUUAGAAAUUUAUUACAACAAUUUAAUAUAAGAUUUAAUUAUGUGUUAAAA